AAAGAGUGUUUCAGUCGAGGCGCGGACUCCGCUCCGUGCUUUUCCUCUUUGCUCGCCGCAGUCGGAACGCGAUUUCGUUUCUGGAAAACUGACCCACUUUGACGUUUACGUAUUUUUCCUUGGAAGCUUAAGUACAUUGAAGUCGAGGUGUGAAAACAAACACCUAGAAUGACGGAUCAUCCAGGAGGCAAAGGACCACCCAGCGCCAUCAUGCUCGCCUUCUCAGCUCUCACACAUUUUCUUCUCAUAGCACCGGUGAUCUACAUUUUGGUGUUGUCAUUCUCCAACGUCAUCUUCGUUCAUCCAAUCCUCAUGAGCCUCGGAGCGGGUCUCCUGAUGGCCGAGGCCGUGUUCACCAUUUCCGGCGACGCGUACAUCAGCUACAGCCUCUCCAGAAUGAGCAGGAUAAGAAUGCACUGGAUUCUGCACACCAUCGGCCUCGCACUACUACUAAUCGGCCUGAUCCUCAUAGUGGUGCACAAAAUCGAUCACAAUAAACCUCACUUUGCCACGCCUCACUCGAUACUCGGUCUGAUCACCAUCAUCAUAUGUUUCUUGGUGGCUGGUUUCGGUAUCGUCACCAACAACUCCAAGUGGCUUUAUCCACGUGUGAGACCCGUCCUCCUGAAAGUGAUGCACGCAUUCGGCGGUAUUUUAGCCAUGAUAUUAUUGCUGGCCACGCUGAUCACCGGAACGUAUUCAAGAUGGUGGCCCGGAAGCGACACCGGAAGGAACCUGGUGUUCGCGUCGUUCUUCAUCGCUGGUUUCUUUCUUUUAUUGAAACCUGUUUUGGGAGCUGUUUCCAGGACCAAGGUCAUCAUGGGACCACCACCUACCACGUCGUAAUCGUAAAUUUUCGACUGCGGUCGAGUCUGAAGAUUAGUUUGCUACGGGGUCAUUGUUCAGGGUGUAUAAUGUCGUUGCGGUGUACUGUGUUGCAUGAUACGGUGUUUUAGUAACGUAAUCGUGCGGUGAAUUGAGUAAUACUGUAAUGUAGUAUGAAGGAUAGGAUUAUUGAGCUGCAGUAUUGUAUUCUUAUAUAGGGUGUUUCACAGCUGGCGUGGUGAAACUGCAACUAGUGCGGUUGCAAGGAAAAGAAUUAUUCUGACAUGCUAUUGUCAUAAUUCCUUCCAUGUAUUCUUCAAAUAUUAUUACUUCUAAACAUGCGUAUAUAUAGGGUGACUCACAGCUAGUGUAGGUCCCUGAAAUGGGGAGUAGCUGACGCGAUUUUGUACAAGAUUGCCCUUUGCAAAAAUGGCGUUCGAAGCUUCCUUUUUGAAGUAUGAAGGAAAAACAUGGUCCAAUUAGAGCGCGAGGAUUACGCACGCGCAGACGCAAGAGCUACUCCCACUUCGGAGACGUUCACUAGUUGUGAGACGCCCUGUACUGUAUUUUUAGGGAUAGAGUAUUGUAUAAUAAUCAGCUGAUUGUAAUACUGAUAUUAUAGUACAGUAUUGUGAGAAUAUACUGUAUGUUUGUAAUGGAUAGUAUAGUAAUGAUCUAGUACAAUGAUCUGAUAUAGCAAUGAUAAGCAAUAAUAAUAUCAUAUUACUAUAUGAUGUAUAGUAAUGGUUUACUGCAGUUAAAAUGGUAAAGCUUUGAUAUAGUGUUUCUAUGGUAUCGUUGCUAUACUGUAUUAUAAUAUAGCGUGGUAUAGUAAUAUUAUUGUGUAAAGGUAUUGUAAUAUACUUAUGAUGCUGUACUAUAUUUGCAGAUAAUGAGAAUGAUAUAGUAGUGAUAAUAUACUAUACUAAAAUAAGUAUAACUCUGCAUAAUAUAGCAAGUUACGUACAAUUACAUGUAAUUACAUACUGCAGCACAUGCUAUAUUAUAGCAAGUAUAAUAAUACCUAUAUAAUAAUAAUGGUAUAAUAAUACCAUUUCAUACAAAGUAUAAAAAUUACUAUACCACUUCAGUACUACUAAAAAAAUUAUAGUGUGUCAUUCUGCAACGACACUCUUACAUUAUCAUGCAAUAUAGUACACUACAACCCAAAAGAACAGUAGCAAUAAAAAUAAAGCACAUUAUCAAAGUGCGUAGCUUUGAAUCAAAGCAUUUACAAUGGAAAAUUGAAGAACACAAAAAUUCAAUAUAUUGAAAAAUUACUGAUAAACAUUAUUUUUCUAAUAUACAUU